AUGAGUGAAAACGCAUCAUCGAUUGCGUACUUCUGUGCAAAAUAUCCCAACGUCGUUAUUGAAAAUUCCAUCAAUCCUAAUUGGUAUCCGCUACUCAAUUCAGUUUUCGAGCAGAAUGAGGAAAACUUGACACAGCUGAACUAUUUUCUUGCGAAUAUUCUGGAACUGGUGAAUCCUGCGAAGGAACAUAUCUGGGCUUUCACUAGAUUCUGCAAUCCAGAUGAAGUUAAAGUAGUGAUCAUUGGGCAGGAUCCAUAUCCUACACCAGAGUUGAAAAAUUCCAUGGGCUUCAGUGUGAACCGUCCAAAUAACCUCAUACCACCAUCAUUGCAGAAGGUUCUCGAUGAGGUUCAGAGAGAUAUAUCUAACUCUCGGUUUGCUCCCUCUUUAAGGGGAUAUCCCCCACAACAUGGAUGUUUGGAAAACUGGGCCAGACAGGGAGUUGUUCUCUUGGAUGCUGUACUAACUGUGACGCAAAACAAUCCGCAGUCUCACAGAUUUAGAGGCUGGGAGAAAAUAGUUGGUUCCAUCAUCAUGUACUUACAAAAUAUCGCAAAACAUAAUGGAAGAUUCAUAAUUUUCAUGUUAUGGGGAAGAGUUGCUUGGAAAAUGAAGGAAUACGUUAACGUUAAUGGAGACAGUAAGGUUCUCCUUGCAGGUGAUCCGUCAUCUGAUGAUGAGAUGAACGACUUUAUGGGAUGUGAACAUUUUUCUAUCGCCAAUGAAAUCCUGAUCCGUGCUGGACUACAACCAGUGGACUGGUCUCUGGAGUGA